AUGUCGUCGUCGUUUUUUACCAUACCCGCUUCCCAGCGCAAGCGGAAGAGGGAAGACCGUGCCGCCGCGCCUGCGUCGAAGAAGCGCGGAGUUGCAGUAAACGGAGAUGACGAAGAAACGUCAACGCGCAGAAGACAGGAGCGGGAUGAGUCAAUCUCUGGUAGCGAAUCUGACGUUGAUGAAGACAUUUCAGAGUCAGCAGUCUCCGAGGACGAGAGCAUCUCCGACUCGGACGAGGGCGAGACCGCCGCGGAGCGGAGAUUGAAACUAGCGGAGAGAUAUCUGGAAAAUAUCCGUGAAGAGGUAGACGAGGCGGGAUUUGAUGCGGCAGAUCUUGACCGUGAUAUCAUCGCAGAAAGGUUGAAAGAGGAUGUGGAUGAGGCCAAAGGCCGCGUAUUCCGCCAGAUUGCCUCCAAAUUGGAUUUUGCAGGAGCAUCCCACACAUUCUUCCGUGCAGAUACCCUGUCUACUACGUCCAUUGCAGUCCAUCCACCUUAUGUCUACACGGUCUCUAAAGAUAGAACUCUCGUCAAAUGGGAGCUGGCAAAUCCAAGUCUUCCAGAGCAAACUGUCACGAAUGGCGUAAACGGCACUUCUAAACACCCACGUCCAGUGAGGAAGAAGCCAAAGAAUCUUAAGUUCGUCAAGGGUUUGCAGAAGGUUCCGGGAAGUCGCGAGCGACAAGGGCAUACGGGCAAUAUCCUGACGGUCGCCGUUUCACCAUCUGGGAAAUACGUUGCCACUGGAGGAGAAGAUCGGAAACUAAUUAUCUGGGAUGCGGAGACCCUGACUCCCAUGAAAACGUUUACCCAGCACCGAGCUGCUGUCAGUGGGCUCUCCUUCACCAGGCACAUCUCCGCAAACAGCUCUGGGGAGCAACUCUUCUCUGGAUCCUUCGAUCGCACCAUCAAGACGUGGUCCUUGAGCGGGGGAGGCCAUGCAUAUGUGGAGACACUCUUCGGGCAUCAGGACAAUGUUACAUCGGUCGCCUCGAUGAUGACCGACCAGUGUGUCAGCGUGGGCGCGAGAGACCGAACGGCACGACUAUGGAAGGUGGUUGACGAAACGCAGCUCGUCUUCCGUGGCGAGUCUUCCAAGAAGGAAGAGUACCAGACCAACAACCUGGAUUGCGUAGCUACGAUCCCACCCACUCACUUUGUGACGGGCUCGGAUUCUGGAGCUCUGUCCCUAUGGUCCAUCCAUAAGAAGAAACCGCUUUAUACGAUUCCACUUGCUCAUGGUUUGGAUCCCUUACCACCACCGGAGGAGCUGUCGUCGGAAAUGGAUCCGAAGACUGCGGCUCACAACUCCCGUUUUGUCCGCCGCAUGCCACGCUGGAUCACGGCUCUGACGACAGUGCCGGGCACCGACAUCGUUCUCAGUGGGAGCUGGGACGGCUGGAUCCGCGCCUGGAGAGUGUCAGAGGAUAAGAAGAUGAUCUAUCCGCUUGGGCCUGUUGGUGGGGGUUCUGCUGCCUCGCACCCGACGCCGUCGACGCCGUCCUUGCAGCUCAAGCAGACGCUGACCUUUGACGGGCUCGGCGGAUCUGACGCUAUGGCUGUUGACCACCCAGAGGACCUGACGGCAGCGAAUGGGACCAAGAAGGAGCCUGAACCGCUGCUGAAGGGUGUAGUGAAUGACAUUGCAGCCUUCGAGCGCCGCCCAGAGACAUCGAAGCCGGGUCAACUGGGUUCGAAAUCAAAAGACAAAAAGGCUGAGCCCCGGGGAUUAUGUAUUGUGGCCGCUCUGGGCAAAGAGCACCGGCUCGGACGGUGGAAAUGCUUCAGAAACAACUACUAUGACGGACCAACCUCUCAGGGACGCAAUGGUGCUGUAGUAUUCGAAGUCUCUUUCUCAAUUUGUGCUGAUGCAGCAGCGGAUGAUGACACAGCCGCCGCGCCGAAUGGUGUAUAA